AAUCUUGGUUAUGUAUUAUGUUAAUACAGGAAAUUAUUUAUGGUUAUGAUCCGAAAAAUUACUUAACCACGACAAAAAGAUCAUUUGUAUUACAUAAAGCUUGCAAGUAUCGAUCUCUUUUAUUCCUUAUUAGAGAGAACAGUUUAUCUAACAUAAACAUGUCAUAUUACGCGUUCAUUAUGUCAUAUAUUGCACUUAAUGAUCACCCAUAUACAUACAUGUUUCAUUUUAUUUUUGCACAUUCAAAUAAUUUUUAAAUAAGUCAAAAAUGGUUCGUUGUUGGUAUAUGGAUGAUAAACCUGUUGAUCAACGUUUGGAGCAUCAUAGAGAUCUACCAAAAUUUAUCACUUUGGAUGAGUUAUUUAAACUCACUGGUGUAGAAUACUACAAAAUUGAUCAUAAAAACUACGCGACAGAUAAAACUUUACAAAAUUUGAGAAAAGAACGUGGAUAUUCAUAUGAAGAUGAGAUUGUGUGCUCCAAAGAAUGUUUGCAGAAUUAUGAAGAGAAACUGAAAGAUUUUUUCACUGAACACCUACAUACUGAUGAAGAAAUUCGCUUAGUUUUGGAUGGAUCAGGCUACUUUGAUGCAAGAGACAAAAAUGAUGAGUGGAUUAGAAUUGAAGUGCAAGCUGGAGAUUUAAUUAUUCUUCCAAGCGGAAUUUAUCAUCGAUUCACACUUGAUACUAAGAAUUUUAUUAAAGCAAAACGUUACUUUGUUGGUGAACCAGUUUGGCUUCCUUAUAAUAGACCAGUGGAUGAUAUGGAUUGUCGUAAAAAAUAUUUGCAACGUUUUAAUAAUAACUUUAGUAUUGAAGUAAAUUAACAAUUUAAUUGUUUUAUGUGUAAAAAUUCAUUCUUGCUAUUAAUAAAA